CAGAAAACCUCGCCCAGCGCCGGUGCUAGCGAUUUUUAAUAGUCCCUCGGCCUGCCCCGGAAAGAGAACGUCCCUGUGGGUCGCCAUGGGCAGCAAGAUGGCGGCGGCCACCCGGGUCGUGCAGGUAGUCAAGCCACAUACUCCGCUAAUAAGGUUCCCUGACAGAAAAGGCUACCCCAAACUGAAUGCAACCCUGAGAGUACCAGAAUCUUUAACAUCAUCCAUGCUUCCAUCUCACACUUCUGCAAUAUCACAGCAUUCUGUGGGUGGUAAAUCGAGUUUGUCAAUGAAUCGUGGUCCACCAGAUACUGCUGAGAUCAUAAAAACAUUGCCACAGAAAUACAGGAGGAAACUCAUAUCUCCAGAAGAGAUUGAAUUUAUUCAACGUGGAGGUCCGGAGUAGUUGCUGCUGACAAACCUGUUAUUUACGAUUGUCAGGCAAAAAGUGGUUAUCUUCACAAUAAAGGCCUUCAACAAUGACAAAUGUUAAAUUGUACAUGAAGCCAAUUUAAUAUAAGAUUCUGUAUAAAAUGAAUGGUAGAAAAUUUAGAUAGACAUUUAUAUCUCCUAAUUUGUUUCUAAGUCAGCUUGUCUAAAGCUAAGCUAAGGGUUUGAGUUAUUUCUUAAAGUGUAGGAUUUUUUGUAAUUUAGAUAGCAUAUUCACUUUUGAUUUUCAGUUAUCUCUAAUAUUUAACUGUUAAAAGCUCAGGUUUAAUUCCAGUAACCUAUCAGAUUUCCCAUAAUUUUUCAUUGUUUUUCUCUUUAGUAAUGGAAAGUACUGGUCAGGUAGAAUCAUUGUUUUAGGAGAGAUACCAAAGCUUUUGAGAUUAGAUGAGAAUCAGUGUUAUCCUAUUCUGAAGGAUAAAAUUCAGACAGGACAGAUCACUGUGUUACUGAGAAUGGGACAACAAUGAAAAAUGUAUCUUAUUAUAGUUAUCAAACCUGUUUGUCAAAAACCAUAAGACGGCAAACAAAAAAUGAAAUGGAUGUAGCGGGAUGUGUUUUAAAAGGGAUUCUGUAUAUGUUUUGAGAAGUUCCUGCUCUUUGAGUUUGUUGUGUUUUGAUCAUGUAUUGUGAGCACAAAUCAAAUUAAAUAUUUAUUUUCCCACUU